AUGUACAGAUGUUUUAUUUAUAUUCUACUAUUGAUAAAUAUAUUUCCAAAUGUAUUGGCAUAUUCAUUGAAUUACAAUAAUUCCUAUGAUUCAAAUAACAACAAUCAGUCUGAAAAUGAUUCCAAUACUUCAUUUUAUCAACAACAAUUAUCAAAAUUAAUAAUAACUAGAAUAAAUUCAUUACAUGAACUAUCAAUCUCAAAUUUUACAAAUAUUAAUAAAAUAUUUAAAUUACCGAAUAAUAAAAUUAUAAUUCAUUCAACAAAAUUAUCCAGUGCAACCACCCCCUUAUUUAAAAAUAAAUGGUUAUUGUUAAAAUCAUCAACACCCACCACAAAACCAAUAAAUUUCCCAAUAACUCAAUGUUUAAAUAAUCAAUAUGGAGAUGGAGGAUCAAUAGAUAUUCAAUCAACAAUAAUUACACAAUUUAUAAACACGGUAGAUUUAUCUUUGGGAUUAAAUGUUAUAUUUUAUUAUGAACUGAUUAUACAAUCUUGGGAAUUAACUCAAUCUAUUACAUGGAGAAAUUUAUAUACUUGUAAUGUACCUGAUGGAUUAAUUGGACAAAUUUGGAUUAGAAGUGAAGUUAUAAAUUUUGAUAUUAUUGAAUUAUAUAGUUUAGAAUUUGGUACUUUACUGAGAUUAAGUAAUAAAAUUUUUGGAAUUCGUUUUGGUGGUGAUGGUAGAAUUAAAUUAAAAUUUUUAAAACUGUUUCAAAAAAUUAAAAUGUUUAAACAACAUCAUCACUUCCAUGACAGAAUAAAUCAUAUAAAAGAUAAAGUGAAUGAAGUCAAUAAAAACCUUGGUCAGAACCAAAAAAGACCAAUUAUUUCAUGUAUUACAAAUUUUAAAUUAUUAGAUUGUGGUAGGAAAAAAAGUUAUAAAAAUUAUAAUUUAAAUAUUAUUGAUAUUUAA